ACGAAACCUGGAGACGCAAUUUCGGCGCGGCGGUGGCUCCGAGCCCCCUUCCUGUUGAUAUCAGGGAACUUUGUGUAACAAGGGGGGCAGGGCCACUCCGGCAACGAGAGGACCCGCGCCGCCAUCCGUGCCUGGGAUCCCGGUCCUCGUUGGCCCCGUGCUGUCAUCGACCAGCAGCAGCCACAGACGUGCAAAUGAAUGCUCCUCACCCAGGAAAAAAUUUCCCAGUUGCAUAUCCUCAAUAUCCUCCGGCAGCAUUCCAAGGACCUCCAAGACAUACUGGCUACCCAGACCCUCAGGCCCCCUACCCUGGGACGGUGGCAGGCUAUCCCGGCCCCCAGGUUGUCCAUCCUGGAACUCAGGCAGGCUAUCCCGGCCCCUAUGCUGACUACUCAGUCCCACCACAUGGCUAUUCAGGUGCUGGUCCGGUGGGCUUUCCUGUUCAACACCAGCCAGUGUACAGUCAGCAAGGUGGACCUGCAGGGACACCGUGGAUGCCAGCACCAGCACCUCCAUCAAACUGCCCACCAGGGUUGGAAUAUUUAACUCAGGUAGAUCAGAUACUAAUUCAUCAGCAAGUCGAGCUUCUAGAAGUCUUAACAGGUUUUGAAACAAAUAAUAAAUAUGAAAUUAAGAACAGCCUUGGACAGAGGAUUUACUUUGCUGUGGAAGAUACUGAUUGCUGUACUCGAAAUUGCUGUGGGUCUGAUAGGCCUUUUACUAUGAGAAUUCUUGAUCUUAUGGGCCAAGAGGUCAUAACUCUGGAGAGACCACUAAGAUGUUCCAGCUGCUGUUGCCCGUGCUGCCUUCAGGAGAUAGAAAUCCAUGCUCCUCCUGGUGUACCAGUGGGUUAUGUGUCUCAGAAUUGGCACCCAUGCUUGCCAAAGUUUACAAUUCAAAAUGAGAGGAGAGAGGAUGUACUGAAGAUUACUGGUCCAUGUGUUGUGUGCAGCUGUUGUGCAGAUAUUGAUUUUGAGAUUAAAUCUCUUGAUGAAGAAAAUGUGGUUGGCAAGAUUUCCAAGCAGUGGACUGGUUUUGUGAGAGAGGCAUUUACAGAUGCUGAUAACUUUGGGAUCCAGUUCCCCUUAGACCUUGAUGUGAAAAUGAAAGCUGUCAUGAUUGGCGCGUGUUUCCUCAUUGACUUCAUGUUUUUUGAAAGGAGUGGAGGCCAAGAACAGAGAGCAGGAGUGUGGUAGUGGAUGAAUAAAGUCUUCUCAGAAAGUAUGAAGUCUAAAUCCUGACUGGGAUUGUGUACAACUAAAAUUCAGUGGGCUUUCUUUUUCUUUAUUGAAAUGACUUAUAAUUUGUGAAUUACACAUGAUACCUGAAGCUCCAGGUAUAUGAUUUUACUUUUCAAAUUAUAGAGCUUAUUUUCUGUAUCACUUAAUUAUAAAUGUUUUUAUACCUUUUAUUUUAUAUAUUUUGUAUUAUUCUGUGUUUCUGAGAAAGGGCAUUAGAAUUUUUACAUUUAAACAUGAAACUGCCUUUGAUAAAUUGCUUUAUUUUCAAUUUUAUAGCAAAAUUAAUUAAAAUGAUUUCAAUAUAAAAUUACAAAUUAUUUUAUUAAAUUUAGUUAACAUUUAUUUUAUAUGUAAUGACUGUUAUUUUGCAAAUAUUUCAUAUUCAAAAAGGUUAAAAAUCAACACAACUUCAAUUUCCUUUACAAUUAUGUUCAAAUGAUACUCAAGUUCUUAUUACCAAGGAAAAGUAAGAAAUGUGUUUGUUUUCAUUCAGCAAUUAAACCACAUUUAACUUUUUAUGUAAACUAAUUUGUUACUAUGAUUUUCAUAUUGACAAUUACCAAUUCUUAAUGGAUUUCAGUGGAAAAGAUAUGAUUCUGUCCCAAAGAAAGACACUUUAUUUAAAGACUCACUCUAAAAUUUUUGUUAUAAUUUUUGAGAUAAUUUGUUACACGUGAAAUGUUUCAUACCUAAUUUUGUCAUUCCUAGAGCAUGGCAGUUAUAAGAUCACUCAGGUAUUUAUUAAAUAAAACAUAUAUAUUUCACCAGAGUAUGAACUUCACUAAUAGACUCGUGAGUUAUAUAUGCCAACAAUCA